AUGGCCGCAAAUAGUAUAGUCGCCCGGAUUCCCCCGCAGCAGGAUUCUGGGCCUGGAAUGCUCGACAAUGUAGUCGACACUGCAGAGGCGCAUACCCCCGGUCGGAAAAGGAAAGCCUCCGGCUCACUAUCAAAUAAGAAUGGUGCGGGUCGGCAGAAGAUCACCCGGGCCUGUGACUCGUGUAAAGUGAAAAAGACUCGAUGCACCGGAACCCUACCUUGCACAAGAUGCACCCGACUAUCACUUCCAUGCCGAUACGACGCAGCCUACUCGAGAGGUCUCCCACCUGAUCCACUGCCUGGGACUGCGACUGGGACUGCAACUCCAUCGCCAGAAAAAUCCUCCAGACGUCGACUCUCUGAGACAGGAGGUCAUCUAUCUAGCGACUCGCUUCUCGGCGACAGCACAAGAUUUGGCACUGCGACGGCUAGAGACACUGUCAGCAGCCAACAUGCACUUCGCCACACUGUGUCGCGACGCAACUCGCCAGAGCCCGGCUCGACCGACUUUGAGGGUAACUACCUAGGCCCAGCGUCUGGCGUGUCGUUUAUCAACCGCGUUUGGAGUCGCCUGCAUCAGGAUGAAACGCAGAUUCCCAAUGACCUGCAGAAUGAGUCCUCCAAGAACACUGCCGUCUUCAUGUUUGGGGACAAACCUUACUCCCAGCCUCAAGAUAUACAUUUUUCCUUGCCAUCUUACGAAAAUGCCAUGGAGCUAGUGGCAAUCUACUUUGACUUUUCCAUGGUAACUUACCGCUUCUUACACAGGGGUAGCGUGGAGAAAUGGGUCAAGCAGGUGUAUGAGAACCGCCCUUCGGUGACUAAUCUGCCGACAGGCAACAUGGUGGCGAGAACUGCGAUCGUACUUAUGAUAUUUGCUGUCGGUACGGUUAACAAUGCUUCCGAAAUCCAAGAAGAUGGGCAAAGUCUCAGCGAGUGUUGGUUCGCAGCGUCAAAAUACAUCUCCUCUUUGGAAUCCGGUCCACCUCGAUUGGAGACAAUACAGGCACGGCUGAUCCAAUGCCUGUAUCUACUCUCAUCAUCACGAGCUAAUGAGUGUUGGUACUCGUUUGGCACGGCUUUACAGGUGGUUACGGCACUGGGCUUGCAUAGAAAACGUGCCGGCAACCCUUCUAAGAAGGGCGGUUCCUGCUAUGAAUUGGAGAUUAGGAAACGCAUAUUUUGGAGCGUCUAUGUUCUGGACCAAUACCUUAGCAUAAUGUUUGGUCGGCCGCGACUGCUUCAUGACGAAGACAUUGACCAAGAGCUGCCGGAUGAGAUGAAUGACGAUGAUCUUUUGGAGGAAGAUCCAGCUCGACGCACAGGAUCCCCGGACAGUAUGAUGAUUGCGUCUGUGCUUCAUUAUCGACUCGGCCGCAUCUUGGGCGAGAUCUCUCGGCGGCUUUAUAGCAUAAAGCCUCACUCGCGUGACUCGCCACUGGAAACAGCCGUUCGUCUCACCUCCGAAUUGGAAAGGUGGAAGGAGACUGUACCACCUCUUUUCAACAGUGUCCGACCCUCGAGCUUAAUUCCACCCCUCUGUCGGCAAAGCCAAGUUCUUCAACUAGCUUAUUCCCACGCCAUGAUUCACGUCACUCGCUCAUUCCUCCUGGAUGAUUUUACUGACCUCGGCCGUCGGCCAAGGGACCCGCAUCCACUUGUCAGUGCUCAUGUGCACAAAUGCAUCGAGGCCGCAGAACAUGUCAUGACCCUCGUCGAUGAGCUAGCGCAUCAAACGCUAUUCAUCCAAUCAUUCUGGUUUACACACUAUGUGUGCUUCUGCGCCAUUUUAGUAGUAUACAUCCAUAUUAUUCAGCAACACCGCCAGUCCCUAGCUCCGAGCCCUUCGGCCGGAAGCCCGACAGACGUUAAUAAGUUGCAUUCGCUAUUCUUACUCGCUGAGACUUGUCAGCAGCAUCUUGCCGAGGCCACUCGGAAGAAUUGCCCAAGUCGACGCUACAGUAUUAUUCUUGAGGAGCUCAGGCGGGAAGUUCACCGACAGCUAGGAUCAAACGACCAGGCUAGCUUGGCAAGAAACGAUGCGGCAGAUGAUCACCUACCAGAACAGGCGGCGCUCACCCCUAACAGCGGGGAUGGGGAUGAUUCCUUCAACACGCAAGUGGUGGAUUUUGCCCCUAUGUCAGGGAUGCUGCAGCCUUCCGAGCUGGGAGUCCCAUUUGACGACACUGGUCUUUUUGAGAACUUAGAUGGCUCGGUAUGGUGGGCCAAUCUUGAUUCAUGGGCUUUGUCAAGUCUCCCCAAUGACCCCUCUACCUUUAACUUUUAG